AACUCUGAAUUUGAUUUCUUCCAAGCAGAAAAAAAUCUCAAUAAAUAACUGCGUUUGAAAAGCAAAUCAGUUACGCGCCUGAAUUUGCUUAUAUACUUGUAAUGAGUGCGAAUUGAUUAUAUUAUAAUUGUAAGGGCAAAGAAAUUUCAUCAUUUUGAAAAUGGCAAAUAUCUGGCAUGAUAAACGUACAUUUGUGGAUGAAAACAAAUUUGCAUCAGCAAAACUUCAGCAAACGCAUCCAAGAGUGUAUUCGGUAAAAAAGAAGCAAGUUUUUGGUGAACUGAAGAAUGUUAUGCACAAUCAAGUUGGCAUUACUCCUUUGAAGUUUGGUUUAAAAGAAAACCAUUUGGAAGCAUAUAAGGGGGCUAAAUGUAAUGAUGGAGGUGUAUCAAGUAAGAUAUGCCCCUCAAAAGUUGAAAAUAAAAGGAAUGUUAUAGAUCCUGUUGAGCUCUUUGAUUUAUUUGAUUUCCCAAAAUCGUGUUGUACCAAGAGCUGCAGUAAGAGCCUCGAGGAAAUAUGGGCCGAAUACAAUGCUUUUGACGAAAUUGCUCUUUUUAAAGUAAUGGAGAAAAUUCGAAGCGGUGGCGCCAUGAAAGAUAGAGAUGAGGAGGAACAGAUUAGCGAUGUUGAGGAUUUCUACGAGUCUGAAGAUGAAUUAGAUGUGCAAAUAAAAAAUGGAAAACCUUAUUUGUAUUUGGAAGAUCAUGGUAAUGACGAUUUCUCGACAUGUGCUGCCGAGCUUCCGAAGUUUGAUUUCGGCCAUGACCUACUUUUGAAAUGUUAAUUUGAUGAAAAUUAUACAUAUGUUUAACUUCGUUAUUCCUAAUAACAACAUAUAUUUCAAAUGAAUUUUCUUGUUCAGCUAUUAUUCACGUAGUUUUUAAUAAUAAUAUGUAUUAUUUGUAGUGCUGCAAAUAAAUUGGAAGUUGGU